GGCGGGCGGGCAGGCGGGCCAUCUCGCGGUCGUGGGCCUGGCUGGUGGUGAUGGUGCGUGGGGUGUGGUGGCGGUGGAGGAGGUCGAUGUCGUUUUCUCUCGCUCGCCCUCUUUGUAUUUCGGGUUUGUUUCCUGUUUGUUCUUCUCUGGUUUUGCUGUUGAGGUGGUGGUGUAGGAACGGGCGAGGGGCGGGACUUGCGGAAGGCGGGACAGCGUAUUGGGUGGAGGGGUCGGAGUUGGCGGCGGUGGUGGUGAGGAACGGCGCGCUCGUGCCGGGUUCUUCGUUAGGAGGCUGGGAUGGGUGCAAUGAGGCGUGCGAGUGAUUUGUGCUUCGAAUAUCUGGGAAGGCGUGGACGCGGCGGGGGUGUCUUUCGUUGUUAGGAUUCAUGAUGUGUGUUGAGUGGUGCCGUCGGUGUCGGGCUUCGGGAGUCUUGUUGGUACCUGAGCGGAGAGGCGCCCGGUGGGGAGAUGAUGGUUUGAUGUCGGCCACGGUCAUAACAGGAGCGACGUGAAGAGCUCGACGGCCAAGUGAUGAAGGUAUAGGUGACUCCAGCGAAGUGAUAUUUGACAACGCAUGGGGUUGAGAAGGCGUGUCUG